AUGAUAAUAGAACAAUUUUGGGAGUUUUUCUUGGCUCAUCCCGUUUCUGUUCUCGCAACUCUUGCGAUUCUCUAUGCUAUUCACAUAACUGUGAAGCCAUUGAAUCGAAUCAGAAGACUUGGCGAUGUCGGGCUGUUCUUUGGAAAACCAGAGCUGACUGGAUUCUACCGGGAGCGUCAACUGGAAAGGCUCAAGCUGUUGAGGCGUGUUGGAGAGAUGCCUCCAGUGUUUCCAAAUGGGUGGUAUUGUGUUUGUGAAUCGGAGAAGUUGGCUAAAAACCAAAUUAUGGAGAUUACGGUUUUAGGCCAAUUCCUCUCGCUGAUAAGAUCGGAAUCGGGCGCCGUCUACAUCACAGACUCAUAUUGCCCUCACAUCGGGGCAAACUUCAAUAUCGGAGGACGGGUAGUACGAGACAACUGCAUUCAAUGUCCAUUCCAUGGCUGGAUCUUCAGUGCAGAAACAGGAAAAUGUGUGGAGGUACCGUAUGACGAGGGUAGAAUUCCGGAACAAGCCAAAGUAACAACUUGGCCAUGUAUUGAAAGGAACAAUAGCAUUUACUUAUGGUACCAUUGUGAUGGAGCUGCACCAGAAUGGGAGAUCCCCGAGAUUCCACAAAUCACCGAUGGUAUUUGGCAUUUGGGAGGAAGAACUGAGCAUGAAGUGAUGUGUCAUAUCCAAGAGAUCCCGGAAAAUGGAGCAGACAUUGCUCACCUGAACUAUCUUCAUAAAUCAGCACCGGCUAUUACUGAAGGAUCAAAUAUUGUGAAAACAGACCUCUCGGAUCCGCAACCAGCUGUUCAACAUGUAUGGGAUGGGAAGUGGGAAGUAAAGUCGGAAGCUGAUAAGCAUUGUGGUGUGAUGCACCUAAACCAGUACAUGACUCUCUGGGGAUACAGAUUACCGUUGACUGGCAGCAAGCUUAUUGCCGAGCAGCAUGGCCCUGGCAUUGUCCAUAUGAUCUUUGACUUUGGCUUCUGGGGAAAAGGUGUCGUGUUCCAAACAGUCACUCCUGAAGAGCCACUGCUUCAGAGAGUUCGCUUCAGAAUCUUCUCCAAUAUUCCUUGGUUCUUCGUAAAAUUCUUCAUGACAGUGGAGUCUAUGCAGUUUGAACGGGAUGUGUUUGUUUGGUCUAACAAAAAAUACAUCAAAUCGCCACUCCUGGUUAAGAAUGACGGCCCGAUUCAAAAGCAUAGAAGAUGGUUCUCCCAAUUCUACACUGCAAACAGCCCGACGAUGUUGAAAGAUGGAAGCUUGUCCAACCAGGCUAAAUCUAUUAACGACUGGUAG